GCACUAUUUUUCUUUCUAUUCUUAGGAACACUUUGGUCUUAGCAACCUGACUGGAAUGAAUUGCUUGGUAGAUGGAAACAUCCCACCAAGUUCUGGACUCUCCAGCUCCAGUGCUCUGGUUUGUUGUGCUGGCUUGGUGACACUCACAGUGCUGGGAAUGAACCUAUCCAAGGUGGAACUUGCGGAAAUCUGUGCCAAGAGUGAGCGUUAUAUUGGCACUGAAGGAGGAGGGAUGGACCAGUCCAUAUCAUUUCUUGCAGAAGAAGGAACUGCCAAGUUGAUAGAAUUUAGUCCUCUGAGGGCAACUGAUGUGAAACUCCCAAGUGGAGCGGUAUUUGUGAUUGCCAACAGUUGUGUGGAAAUGAAUAAGGCAGCAACUUCUCAUUUCAACAUCAGGGUGAUGGAGUGUCGCCUGGCUGCAAAGCUCCUGGCUAAAUACAGAGGCUUGCAGUGGGAUAAAGUACUGCGACUAGAGGAGGUGCAGGCCAAACUUGGAGUCAGUCUGGAAGAAAUGCUGGGGAUCACAGAGGAUGCCCUUCACCCCGAACCCUAUAGCCCUGAGGAGGUCUGCAAGUGUCUGGGAAUUAGCCUACAGGAGCUUCAAACCCAAAUUCUGAGUCCAAACACUCAAGAUGUGCUCGUCUUCAAACCCUACCAGCGGGCAAAGCACGUGUACAGCGAGGCUGCGCGGGUGCUCCGGUUUCAGAAGAUAUGUGAGGAAGCACCUGACAACACGGUCCAGCUGCUGGGGGAGUUAAUGAACCAGAGCCACGCGAGCUGCCGGGACCUGUGUGAGUGCAGCUGCCCCGAGCUGGACCAGCUGGUGGACAUCUGUCGGAAGUUUGGGGCUCAAGGGUCACGACUCACUGGAGCAGGAUGGGGAGGCUGCACGGUAUCGCUAGUACCUGCUGAGAAGCUGACCAGCUUCCUAGCAAACGUGCACGAAGCUUAUUACCAGAGGAGCGACCGAAACGUCACAUUUGAGAAGCAGAGUUUGUUUGCUACCAAACCUGGAGGCGGGGCUUUGGUUUUCCUUGAGGCCCAAAUAAUGUAAAAAAUCUCAGAGAAACUAUUUAGGGCAUUUAGGACUGGCAGAACUUCUUAUGCCACAGGAAAUUAAUCCUCUUUGUUUUGUAUUAUGAUGAACGGUUGCUAUUAUCAAGAUGUAUUUCCAAAGAAAUGGUUGAAAGCUCUCUAUGCUUCAUAAUGAUUAUUUUUCCAUUUUAAAAUAUGUUUCUACCAAUAAGAGCCAAAAUUAUGCUUGGACAGAUCUCUUAAGGAUGAUUUACUGAGAUUUAUUGAUUUCAGGAUUUUUUAAGAUGAAUGAUAAAAGACAUUCGAUACUGACCCCAUGGAUUGGCAUUGAAUUAAACAUACUGCUACAAUUAAAAGGAUACAAUUGCAUUGUAUGCCAUAUUCUUAAACACA